AGUCUCUCCCUCUCUAACCUCUCUAACCUCUCUCAAGGCGUGGCUUUUGGCUUUCAUUACUCUCUCUCUCUCUCUCUCUAUCUCCAUGAGAACUCCAUUAAUGAGGAGUAGAGUCCCUCUGCUUCUGAAUCUUUAGCAGCUCUUUUUGCAUCUCUCUUCUUUCUUCCAUUCACAUGUUGUCAUGACAUGGGAAAAAGAAAAGAUCUUAUUAGUUCUUCCUAGCUAGACAUACAGUUCUCACUCACCCUUUAACACCCUCUCUUCACUUUUACAUCUCUGCAUACACCGGUAUACAACAUAUAUAUAUAUAUAUAUAUAUGAGUUUGGAGAUAUAAUGGAAGAAGGGUACUGUGAGGAAAUAUCAAUGAGGGAUCAUCCCCACUACAAUGUUGCUGCUGCUCACAGCAACAUCAGAAGAUCAGACCAGUACUACUACCAGAAUUCUCCAUCUUUCUCUUCCACUCUCCUCGACGCCAUCUACCGCUCCAUCGAUGAAGCCGUAGGAGGAGGAGUAGGAGGAGGAGCUCAUCCUCAUCAUCAACCUCAACAUCAUCACCAACAACAGUUCUUUCACCAAGACACCACCCCCCACCACCGAGGUGGGGCUUUGAAAGGGUAUGAACCAAACACUGGUACCAAUGACCAUCAAAGAGCCUAUGUGAUUGAGAACUUGACGGAGAAGCAAGGGAACAGGAAGGCGACUGUCCAUCGGGAUUCCAUGACCGAUCUCCAGAGGAGUCCUAGAAGCUUCAGAAAUUCCAGCUCGAGCUCCUCAGAGUCGAGCUCAAACAAAGGAGGGUUCUCUUCGUCGGAGUCGGAUUAUUCCUCCCGCAGUGAGAGCAAGUCGAGGUCUUCCUCCUCGUGCUACUCCAUGAAGAAGCUCAAGCCCAUCCGGACUAGCAUCACCAUCGAUCAACCUGUUAGGCCUCGGGUAAUUGACACACUCGGUGAGGAUGAUAACUUUCGAGUUAAUCAAGUUAUUAGGCCUAGUGUCCAUAAGCACGAAGGAGGAGUUGUGAAAGCAAAGUCUAAGGCAUUGAAGAUCUAUGGAGAGUUCAAGAGAGUGAGUGGCAACAAUAACAAGCAACCCAUUUCACCGGGCGGUAAGCUCGCGAGCUUCCUAAACGCUCUCUUCAAUGCUAAGAAGGCGAAGAUGUCGAGUGGGCACGGUGAGAAUUUCCCCGGGAAAUUGCCCAAGUCGGGUCACUUAUCGACUUGCUCUUCCGCGUCCUCAUUCUCGAGGUCCUGCCUAAGCAAAACUCCUUCGUCAAGAGGGAAGUUGAGCAACGACGGGACUAAAAGAUCUGUUAGGUUUUGCCCCGUGAGUGUGAUUGUUGACGAAGACUCCAGGCCAUGCGGGCAGAAAAGUGUUCUGCUUGGGGACCAUCAAGACCCCUACUUGAGGCCAAAAAGCCCAGUUAAAGAACAGGAAGCUGAAUAUACGGUGAAGAGCUACCCGAGAAUGAGGCAAAAUCAAGAAUCGAUUAAUGAUGAAGAUCGAGAAGAAGAAGACGAUGACGACGGAGCAAGCUGUGCAAGUUCUGAUUUAUUUGAAUUGGAAAAUCUUUCUGGGAUUGGGAUUGGGAUUGGGAUUGGUGGGUAUAGGUAUAGUGAGGAAUUGCCAGUGUACGAGACAACCAAUCUAGACACUAACAGAGCCAUUGCCAACGGUUUGAUAGUAUAACACCAAGAAAAUUAAAAAAAAAAAAGUUUAAAUAGAUUAAUGAAUGGUGUGGGGGGGUUUACAUGGGAAUAAGAUCUGCUUGCUCUCUCUUUUAUGGUUAGAAUAUUUCUCUUUAAUUUCUGGCAGUCCUUUUCAAUGUUCACAAAGUGUUGUUAGUUAUCUACAUAUAUAUAAUGGUUAUUGCAUUUUGUAUA